AUGUAUUCACUAGCAAAAGAAGAAUGGGAUCAAAAUCGGGAAGUCUUGUUUCGACACUUCUUUGCAGACAGUCUACGCGAUACACCCGAUGAUAAGAAAAUCUACGAUACGAGACGCCAGUUUAUCAACAGCUAUUUUUUGCGCUUUAUGAGGACCAGUUGCGAAUCGAAAGAUCACUUUGACCUUCAAAAGAUGAAAAAGGACACGUUUGGAAUUCCACAAGAUCUGAGUCGUCGCUAUUUUACAAUGGCACAAAAGGAAUUUCCAAAAGCCGGAUACUCAUUAGGGCACGUAAACCCCUGGUUGAUUCGACACUUUGAAUAUUCCAUUCAAUUAGCUCUUGACUUCGAGAAUGAUUGCAAGUUGAAGAAAUUACGAGAGUUGAGAAAAGGACAAAAAGGUCUCCCGAUUGCUGUUCGCAAACAGGAUAUUUUAAACGAAUUGUCAAAGAACCAAGUCUUGAUUGUAGCUGGGGAUACCGGUUGUGGAAAAUCUACACAAGUGCCACAAUAUCUUCUAAAUGCUGGUUAUACGGGAAUCGCUGUGACACAGCCUCGUAGAUUGGCUUGUAUGGCGCUCGCUCGGCGUGUUUCUUACGAAACGCUGAAUAAUUAUGGUAGUGAGGUCGCUUUUCAAAUCAGAUUUGAAUCUACUAAAUCAAAAAGGACAAAGCUUGUUUUUCUAACCGAAGGCUUGUUGUUACGACAGAUGGGGAACGAUUCACUUUUGCAGCAAUAUAACGUUAUUAUAUUGGACGAAGUUCAUGAAAGACACAUUACAAGCGAUCUCCUGAUUGGGUUGUUAAGAGAUUUGGUUUCAACCAGACCAGAUAUUCGGUUAAUUCUCAUGUCGGCAACAAUAAAUCUCGAUUUGUUUAAAGAAUAUUUUUCUGGUGCACCUGUUAUUCAAGUUCCAGGCCGACUUUACCCUAUUAAACUUUUAUAUCGACCAAUCAAACAAUUUGUUGAGGAAAAGGGGAAAAAGAGUAACAAAAUAGAUGCAGAGCCAUUUCUUCGUGCAUUAGAAUUAAUUGACAAAGAAACUCCCGCAUCUGAACGCGGGGAUGCGUUGAUUUUCUUGAAUGGCGUUUCUGAAAUCACAACAGUUGCGGAAACCUUGAAAACGUAUGCAGAGUUGAAUCGAAACUGGAUUAUCUUGAUGCUGCAUAGUACUCUUUCAACCGACGAACAAGAUAAAGUGUUUGAUGUUGCUCCACCUGGCGUACGAAAAUGUAUUCUUUCCACAAAUAUCGCUGAAACGUCGGUAACUAUUGAUGGCGUACGCUUUGUUAUCGACAGUGGAAAAGUGAACUUGAUGCAAUAUGAAGCAUCUACUGGAAUGCAACGAUUAUGCGAGUUUUUUGUUAGCAAAGCUAGUGCUGAUCAACGGAAAGGUCGAGCGGGUCGCACUGGCCCAGGAACGUGUUAUCGCCUCUAUUCUCAAGAACAAUACGACAAAAUGGAGCCUUUCACUCUCUCUGAGAUCAAUCGAGUGUCCCUGGAGGAUAUGGCACUUCAGAUGUUAAACCUGAACCUUGGACUUGAUGUUCGUACCUUUCCUUACAUUGAACGACCAAAGGAAGACUCACUUAACGAAUCAAUCGAAAGGCUCAAAUUUCAGGGAGUUGUUUAUCCAGAUCGUGAAAGUCACCUCACAGCACUUGGGUAUGCAAUAGCCAAAUUGCCCGUUUCCGUUCCAAUUGCAAAGAUGCUGGUCUAUGGUGCUGUCUUGGAUUGCACCGAUGUAGCUUUAACAGUAGCCGCAGGAUUAUCAAUUCAAAGCCCUUUUACAAAUCGGUCAUUUCGCGACGUGAAUACCGUAGAACAACGCGGUCGCUUAUGCACGACCGUUGGUGGAGAUCCGCUGACAUUAGUGUCUGUUUUCAGAGAAUGGGUAAAAGAGAAAUGCGAUGGGCGUUCAAAACGUUGGGCGAAUGACUUGGGUGUUGAUGAACAGCGAAUGUUCGAAAUUAGCAAGCUUCGCGCUCAAUAUAGGCAAAUUCUCUCGGAUGUUGGCUUAAUUGAGAAAGAGGUGGAUGAUAGUGAAAAAGAUUCUCGUCAAAGACGAAUUGAGCGUGGUGAAAGACGAAAACUGGAAGAUAUGAAAAAGGAGGCUAGAAAUAAUGCUGAUAAACGACGUAAAGUGUUGAGAGCCGAUCGCCAUUAUGACACGAUUCUCGAUGAACAUGAACAAGAUGAACUAGAUAAAGAAGAAGAUCCGCUAAAAGCUGAUGUGAAAUCUGUUGAAUUCUUGUUGAGUCACAAUCAUAAAUCGGUGGAUACGAUUUUGAAAACGCACAAGCUUGGUGGUCGUUCACGAACAACGAGAGCAUUAAUGAUUGCAAUAGCGGCCGGUCUUUAUCCACAUUAUGCCGUCCUUGAUCCGCAAAAUACCUAUUCGAAAGGCAAAGAUCUUUUUGCACACACUCGUUUGAAACCGUUUUGUCAACUACAUCCAAAUGGAGUUGUUCCCCAAUAUUUUCCUGAAGUGAUUGAUUCGUCUGCGGACUCUCAAUUUUUCUCAAAAGCGCAUCAAGUUAUGUUUUAUGGCACUCUUCUCGAAACAACCAAGCCGUACUUGUGCAAUGUUUUGCCGCUGCCUGCCUUGAUACUACCGUUAGUGGCGAAGAAAGUUUUGUGCGACGAUUGGGCUACAAUUUUUGUCGACGAUUUUACUACUUUUCAAUUCGAUGCUGAAAAAGAUGGAAGAAAUUUUGUCACCUCGAUUAUUUCACUAAGACAAAGGCUGUCCAAAGACAUUUUUCUUCGAUUGCGAGGCAAAGAAACGAAUUCGAGGGGACUUGUACGCGAACUUGAUGAGCUUUUCGAGGAGAUAAUGGGCGACGGGGCAUUACUCAAGAUAACUCGUGAAGUACGUUCGCCAAAAAUUUUAUGCGACACUGGGUUCAUCACACCAGACGGACAACAAGAUCCGGAGGAUGAUGAGUUGGCAAUGGAACUUGGUGGCGAAGAAGAUGCAGAACAACAAGUUGAGGAGCAGCCAAUACAAGAAAAUUCAAUGGCAUAUCCACUCACACGACAACAACAAGAAGAUGUGCACGAAGAUGAGAUUAAAGCCAAGAAGCCAAAAAUAGAGGAAAGCUACUACGAAAAGUUGUUGAGAAUGCAGCGAGAACGUGAAGAAACACAGAAUCGGCCC